GAGGACGAGUUAAAAGUUAAAAGCGAUGAUGUCGGGCAAAUUGAUAUUCCACGUCGAAGCACUUCUCACUUGCGUCGCGUAAAGAAGCUUGGGGUCCUCCGUCCUCCCCACUUGCCCGACCCCGCUUGCCAUUUCCAUCUUCCUCCAUCUUCCUCCGGUCUUCGCCCACCACCUGCGAUCUUCAGUGGAUCGACGGUGGAUUCGCAGGCUCUUCCCCGGAUGCACGUGCAGUCCUCGCCGCCUCCUCCACUGAUUGAUAUGCCAACAGGGCAGCCGCCCGACAGGAAUCUCGGCAGCUUCGGGUUUUCCUCGGCUCAUGGUCUGUCGUCGAUUCCUGCUCGAUAGCCGCACGAAAGAGGUGGAAUUCGCUUCUGGGUCUUGAUUGCUUCCCUCAAAGGCAAGGUCUUUACCUUCCUCACCGGUCAUCAAGAAUUCAAGAAAACCCGGGGGUGUCGUUCUUGCUUCGGGUGGUGGCUUUUUCUCGGGAUGUCUGGAUUGGCGUCUUUCUUGAGCGUCGUCCUCUGCUGCGAUUGACGUUUCUUGACUCUCUGCUGAUUUGAAGCGAUGGGUAUGAAGAGGGUCGGGUCUUAGCGCAUCAUCCCAAAACACGUUUUUUGAUGAGGUUUUUGUUUUGCAAGCUCCAUUGCCCUCCUUUCGUAUGCUUCUGCAAGCCCUCUUCUCACAUCUACGCUCCCGAGCCGUUGAAAUUGGAGGAUGGCCCCCAUGUCCCUCCGCCGGCAGUCUCGGUCGCUGAUGGCUCUGAUCAGUCGUGUGGAGCGACCGCUGAGGCCGGAGAUGAUGCGGCUUUAGAUGAGAACGGCGGAGAGACUGUUAAAGUCGUCACCAAGAGCUGCCUCAAGAAGAAGAAGAAGGCGGGUUUCGAAGGACACUGUGCCGAGAAGAAGCAAGUGCAAUGGGUGGACUUGUUAGGGAAGGAGCUUGCUGAGGUUAAGGAGUUCGAAUCUAGUGAAUUGGAAGAAUAUUAUGGAGGUGAUGGACAGAAUCUCUGUGUCAUUCUUUGAGACCUGUUCUGUCUCUGGCGCUUGUAUGAAGCAACCAUUCUGAUGAUGGGACGCUCGUAGAUCGUCGUCGUACAUCUCCCUUGAACUCUAGAAGACGUUUCUUCUUUCUGGAGUUGGUAUCUGGAGAAUCGUUAGGUCUCUCUAUGUAUAGAUAUUGCUGCUCUGUUCUCAAUGCAAGACUCAUUCCAUACGAUUUUUAUUCAAAUAAAAAUGCGUCAGAUAUUCUUUUCUUGCUCC